GGUCAGAGCGGAUGUCACUGGACCUGGACGGCAGUUAAGAUUGAGACAAAGGGAAGGAGAAUACCGAGCUUUACCACAAAAACCCAGGACAAAAAAGAAUAUUUUGUAACUUUUUUCGCUCAUCCGAAUACAAGUUCAGAACACUUAUUGGGAGCUCACAUCUUUUUUCUUUCGGAUUGUUGAUUUAAACAGACGGAGUUAAGUCUUACUUCUCAAAGUCUCUAUAUUGAAACAAAGUGAAACGGCCACUGCAAAAUAAAUACAAAGUUUCAAGAACUUACUUUGUUACUCCAACAAAAGUUUUUUUUCUUCUAAACUGCCCUGAAUUUCUUCGUCUUGACUCCUGAGUGCCUUCCAGCAAGUGAGGCAGAGAUUUAAAGGAAAAAUACAACCUUGUAAGGUCAAUCGGGGAUUGUCAUUGACUGAUCAUAAUCUACAAGAAAGACAGGAUCCCAAAGCCUUACUUGUCUCAACAUGGUUGUCGCUGGAACACAUUUGAACACUUCACUUCUGUUGCAGUUGGUCGUUGUCUUUCUUCUAGGCGUCAUGACGUCACUUCCGUUGACGUCAGCGCGAGUCGAUUUCAACUGUGAGUUUGGAGAUAUCAUCUCUGCAUUGGAUGGCGAAGGUCAGCCCAUGAACUUCUGCCCCACCGGCAUGGACCCGCCCUAUAUGGCAGAGGGAGAUUUCAUCUGGGCCUACAAAGAUGGCGUCUGUUACGAGUGUCUGUGUGAGCUGAACGUGGGACUUGCCUGUUGCGAAUGUCCCAGAAAGAGAAGACGAGGCUAAAGACAUCCAACAUUUUCACACUGGUGCCCAGAGCCACCGACACGGCGGCCUCGGAGACCUCAACCUUUUUGUGUUCACUCAUCCCCCCAUCAUUAUGUCAAGGAACUUUCAUCUUCUCUUCGCACUCUGGAGCUCACGAUAUGAAUACAGUCCCCGCCCCUAGAACAAGCGAAGAAAGGAAUCAAAGCAAAACAAAAGUGAUUAUUCUCACCUGCACCCCACCUCCCUUUUCUUAUGUUGAGUAGUUACUAUCGACUUGUUCCUCUGAUUACUUCAUGGUGUAAUACUGACAAACAGGAGGUGCAACAAUCAAAAGGUGGGCCACCAGGUCCUUGGAAACUGUACUUAUUUGGUUUACUGUCUCAGACAUCUUUCCUUCAUUCUUCUAUCAGGGAGACAACUCACGAAAGAACGAAACGUGAAGUUAGUAUAACAAUAACUACGUUCAACUUGUGACAUAUCUGCGUCUUUCGGUCUGGGAGCUUUUUAUUUAUAGAGUGAACAAACAACCAUGCACCUGCAAGAGGAGCCCCAAAGUUAAUCUUUACCCCCCCUCCCCCCCCCCCAAUUAUUUCCCCAAAUCAAAAGCAUUCGCAACAUUCCAGAAUUGUGUUCAUAUCUUCUACAUUGUGUCUCUUAUUCUCUCUCUUUCUCCCUAUCUCUC